AGACACUGAACGAUGGCGCAUAACAGGUUGACAGCCGGCCUAGCCUGGGCCACGCCGGUGAGACCUGACGAGCUCGGCCAGCGCCUAGAGCACUAUGCGGGAGUGUUGCCAACCCUCAAAGGACUCCGCCUGUGCCAUCGUUUUGGCCAAGGACAGGAUGCACAUGUCACUAGACUGCCCGUCGAGGUCGAGCUCGCCAUCGAGGCCAUCAUCAUCCAGGACAAACAGUCCCCGUCGCAACACGGUCGGGAGAAGUGGGCUGACAAGUUCCGCCACUACGAGGGCCGAUGUUCACCAACGGAUCACGAGGGUUUCUCUUUCUCUGACGACUUAUCUGACUGGACCCCGUGCGGAAAAUGCGACGGGAUCCCUGACGUGGAGCUUUGCGAGCUUCGCUGUCAACCUGGUGCUCUCAGCCCGUGUCACACAUGCUCUCAGAAACUGGAUCCGGGCAAUUGCAUGAAAUCAUGCGAUGCCCUACAAUUUGCAGACAGAGAUAGUUACGCGGAAGACUUCGGAUCGUCCGGAUCGUGUCCGUACCAGGCUCAGAUGUACGAAAGCUGGGAGGAGGCAAUCGAUCAGACUGGCGCAUUUGCGCGGUAUGAUACAAUCUUGGAAGAGCAAUUCGGCCUCAAGGCGUUUUUUGCGCCGAGCCGCAUUUCCAUCGAGGACGUCGACAUAUGGCCCCGCCACAGAAACCACCAAUUCCAUGAAAUGGACCAACUUCGCACUACCAUCUGCUACCUCACCGUGUCUCAGACUCUGGCUCCUAAGAAGACUGCCAUUACAAGCACUGUUGAGCACGCGGGUGGUUACCCCUGUGAUCUCAGCAGCGUCCAGGUCAUAAAGCUUGGUCAACCAUCGUUUGCUCUGACAAACACCGUCAAGAAGCGGUUCCAAAGGGCCUUGGACAUUCUCAACCUGAAAGCUUACGUGCACCCCAGCCAAGGCACAUCGUUGGUCAUGCCAACAUUGAGUGGACCAAAUCAAGGAGAAAGUCCGAGUGUCCCUCCAGGUCAGUCUACCACAGGCCUCCACUGCGUGAUCUUGGCAAUCGACUGA